UAUUUCCAGUUCCGGUUUCUGAGGCAGUGUCGGCUUUAUUUGUUUCUAGUUCUUUCCUUAUUAUUGUGAUGACAAUGAGACUGUUUUUAAGUGUAGUUUUGUGAAUAAGCUCUACGAAUUAUACUCUGGGAUAGCUAGAAAACCGCAAAUAAACACAACAAGUUUCCUCAGUCUUUGUUUUGGUCCUCGAGACUGUGUUUCGUGGUUUCAUCUUCAUCUACAACAAGUCAGCAAUGAAUCUGGAGAAGCUUUCAGAUGUCGACAAGUUGGGGUUGUGUCGCAAAUAUUACAUCGGUGGUUUCUUCUUGCUGCCUUUCUUGUGGUUCAUCAACUUUGUUUGGUUCUUCAAGGAAGCGUUUAUAAGACCAGCAUUCGAUGAGCAGAAACAAAUGAAAAAAUAUUUAAUCAGAUCGUGCAUUGGGUCCGUGAUAUGGACGGCCGCUCUGAUCACUUGGAUAACGUUGUUCCAGCUCAAUCGAUCCAGGUGGGGUGCUACAGCGGAUAGCAUUUCCUUCAUCGUCCCACAAGGAAUUCCCUAGGGUCUGGGUUUGGGUGGGUUGUCUAAGGAGUUGGGUGGGUUGGGGUGUCACAGCGGAUAGCAUAUAUUCUUCAUCGUCCCUCAAGGAAUUCCUUAGGAUCUUGGUUCGGGUGGGUUGUCUAAGGAGUUGGGUGGGUUUGGGGUGUCACAAUGGAUAGCAUAUAUUCUUCAUCGUCCCUCAAGGAAUUCCUUAGGAUCUGGGUUUGGGUGGGUUGUGUAAGGAGUUGGGUGGGUUGUGCUGUGUAAAGAAGUGGGUGGGAUGGGUUAAGGAAUUCCCUAGGAUCUGGGCUUAGGUGGGUUGUGUAAGGAGUUGGGUGGGAUGGGUUGGGGUGCCCCAUCGGAUAGCGUAUCCUUCAUCGUCCCACAAGGAGUUCCCUAGGAUCUGGGCUAGGGUGAGUUGUGUAAGGAGUUGGGUGGGGUGGGGUGCACUAGCAGGUAGCUUAUCGUCCCUCAAGGAAUUCCCUAGGAUCUGGGCUUAGGUGGCUUGAGAGGAGUCCAGGUGAGUUGGGGUGUAAGGAAGUGGGUCGGAUGGGUGUGUGUAAGGAGUUGGGAGGGAUGGGUUUGGGUGCCACAGCGGACAGCAUAUCCUUCAUUAUCUCUCAAGGAAUUCCAUAGGAUCUGGGCUGGGGUGGGUUGGAGAUGAGUCAAGGUGGGUUGGGGGUGUACUGUAAGAAAGUGGUUUGGAUGGGUUGUGUGUAAGGAGUUAGGAGGGAUGGGUUGGGGGUGCCACAGCGAACAGCAUAUCCUUUAUUAUCUCUCGAGGAAUUCCAUAGGAGCUGGGGUGGGUUGGAGAGGAGUCAAGGUGGGUUGGGGGUGUACUGUAAGAAAGUGGUUUGGAUGGGUUGUGUGUAAGGAGUUAGGAGGGAUGGGUUGGGGGUGCCACAGCGGACAGCAUAUCCUUUAUUAUCUCUCGAGGAAUUCCAUAGGAGCUGGGGUGGGUUGGAGAGGAGUCAAGGUGGGUUGGGGGUGUACUGUAAGGAAGUGGUUUGGAUGGGUUGUGUGUAAGGAGUUGGGAGGGAUGGGUUGGGGUGCCACAGCGGACAGCAUAUCCUUCAUUAUCUCUCGAGGAAUUCCAUAUUAUCUGGGCUGGGGUUGUGUAAGGAGUCCAGGUGGAUUGCUGCUCUCCAGUAAAUUGUUGAAGGGGGGGGGGGGG